AUGUCGACGCUGCUACGUCUCGCACUAUUGACAUUGGCCGUGGUGCUGUCGCCCUCGCGUACACAAGCUGCCAACAAAUACCCGAUCAUCCUGGUCAACGGUUUCACCGGGUGGGGGCGUGACGAAAUGCUAGGCUUCCGAUACUGGGGCGGCAUCCAAGGCGAUUUCCAGAAUGAACUAACUGCGCAAGGCUACACUGUCUACACCGCUGCGGUUGGUCCGUUCGCCAGUAACUGGGACCGUGCCUGCGAGCUCUACACGAUCAUCAAAGGCGGUCGAGUAGACUACGGCCAGAAACACUCGGCCACGCACAACCAUCUUCGCUAUGGACGCAACUACACGGGGCUAUAUCCGCAGUGGGGGACAGCCAACGCGGAUGGCUCCGUCAAUAAGCUCUUGGCACACGGCACGACGGGCGCUCCGAUCGAGGAAGACCCGACGUCCCACGAAUUGUUCAAGGGAGGUAAGAAGUGGGUACACUCCAUCACGACCAUUUCGGCACCGAACCAAGGUACCACCUUGGGUGACGGCUUCUCGGUUAUCGGAGACUCGGUCAAGGAUCUAUUAGCUGGUGUACUAAGUGUCGUCGGUAUCCUCGGAGACAGCACCAAAAUGAUUUAUGAUGCCAAGCUGGAUCAAUGGGGAAUUACCCCCAAAAGGUCAGGCGAAUCCGUUCCAACGUACCUCGAGCGCGUGUUCGCAAGCAAGAUCUUCGAUCCAAGCUUCAAAGACGUGUGUCUGUGGAGUUUAUCCACCGGUGGUGCCAAGGAGGAAGCGACGUGGGUCAAGACCCUCAGUGACGUGUACUACUAUAGCUACGUCACAGUCGACACGUUCAACACACGGGACUUGCUAUUACGCAAGAUCUCGCUGCCUAAUCUACUGACUAUGCUGCUCCCAUUGGACCCUCUCGCUGUCUUCAUAGGUGGACGGUAUGCACCCGAUAGGCUCAAGCUUUCGGCUGACUGGCAGCCCAAUGACGGCGUCGUGCCCGCGAUUUCAAUGGGUUCGGAUGGAGUGGGGGCCGCUGUCACGUUCGCUGGGGCGUCUCAACUCGGCAAAUGGAACAAGAUGCCGCAGUUGAACCGCCUUGACCACCUCGCUGUCGUUGGUAUUACACUGCACACACAGGUGCUGGAUCUGUACGAGGGACACGCGGCUUUGUUGUAUGCUCUGCCUACGAGUUCCAGCUCCCGUCGACUGGCUGACGCGCCGGCUGCAGUGGCGAAGCUAGAUACUGCCAUUAUAGAGCUGACCGCUGCAACGACGAGCGUGGAGACCAAGAGCGAUCUGGAGUCACUGUGCCAGAAUCCCAAGAACUCGUACGCCCAGAGUUACUGCACUAAGAUGCUUGAGGCCGCCCCCACGCGCCGUCUACGUGGAUAG